GAUGCUUAUUUCCGAGGCAAGCCGUUGAUAUUGGAUGACAUUUUUGAUAGAGUAGAGGUAACUUCAUAUUACAGUUUUAAGAUUUUUGAUUUGUGUUAAGUGUUAGUUCUAUAUUCUUUGCAUAGUACAUUUGAUAAACAACAAAGCACUUAAAAUUGCGGUCAUAUGGUUCAAAAUCCGUUGUCAAGUAUGCACGAUGCAGUCUUAGGCGGCAAUCUACGGAUACGGAUGCGGAUGCUGAGGUAAUUUUCCUUUGAGAUGUUAUAUUGUUUGUUCUUGUAGAACAAUACUUUGGAACUAUCGUUUCACCCAUCAAAGUUUGCCUCUUCCAAAACUAAUCGUUGAAAUCCACUGUUGUUUUGGUUGGCAUCAUUUAUUUCCUUUCUCCUUGUUUUUGAAAUUAAAGAGGGGAAGAAAGGGAGAAAGAAAAUGAAUCAGCAAACAUCAAUUCUUUCUCCAACAAAAAGAAACUCAACACCUAUGUUUAAAGCUGCCCCCUCUUACUGGGCAGGAAGAUCUAUCACUGGCUUUUGCAUUGGCGAUAAUAUGGAUCCUGUUUUUAGCGAUUGGCUGUUCAGAUUCAGCAUGUAUUGUGCCCAUCAUCUACACAGUGGGUCUAGCUUUUAUCAUGAUUCAUUCAAUUCAGUAUUUUUGCACGAUAGACAAGCAUCUGUGUUAGCGUUUCUUUCCAUGGUGAAUGGUGUUCUCUUUGUUGCAGUUAGAUCUGUGAUUGGCUACACAUAUCAUAUGAUUGGAUGUCCUUGUAAGAAUUUGAAAAAUAUAUGAUUAUAUAUCUUGUGGUCAAACAGGAAGUGUCAUUUACUUAAGUGCUUAAUUGUUAUAGUAAGGUGCUUCAAAGAUUGUGGAAAAACGAUUUGGUGGCACUCAAGGGGGCAUGCCCAAAUUCCUAGCACACAUUUUGUGGGUUUUAAGACUCCCAGUAAAUAUAAUUUUUGUAUUGUUAUUCAACUGAUUAAUGAAUUUAAUUUGUUUAAUUGUAGAAGAAAGACGAUUCAACUUCUGAUUCUUCCUCUUAGUGGCUGAAAUUUGCACUUCU